GGGCAGGCCCGCUCCUCCUGCCGUGGCGUGGCUAGGCGCGGCGCGAGGUGGGCGCUGCCGGUGAGUCCCGCUUGGUGACGGCCGGCAAGGUCCUCGCCUGGGUGGGGAGGCGGAGGAGGGAAAUGGGCUUAUCGGCCCUGACGUUCUAUCUUGCUAGCGCCAGCAGUCCUGUGGCGGCGACGACGAUGGACCCGGAGCCAGCGACCCUUGCGGAAGGAGGAGAAGCAGUUGCAGCCUCGGGAGCUGCGGCCGCCGCGACGUUCAGGGAAUCGGCUCAGCAGAUGAAUAGUGAAAGAGGCUUUGAAAAUGUAGAACUGGGAGUUAUAGGAAAGAAGAAAAAAGUCCCGAGGAGAGUCAUCCACUUUGUUAGUGGUGAAACCAUGGAAGAAUACAGCACAGAUGAAGAUGAAGUCGAUGGCCUGGAGAAGAAAGAUGUUUUGCCUACUGUUGAUCCGACAAAACUCACCUGGGGCCCCUACUUAUGGUUUUACAUGCUCCGAGCUGCCACAUCAACCCUCUCAGUGUGUGACUUUCUUGGAGAGAAGAUUGCAUCUGUUUUGGGCAUCAGCACCCCAAAGUACCAAUAUGCCAUUGAUGAGUAUUACCGGAUGAAGAAGGAGGAAGAAGAAGAAGAAGAAGAAAACAGAAUGCCCGAAGAAGCAGAAAGACAAUACCAGCAGAAUAAACUGCAGGCUGAUUCCAUUGUCCAGAGGGAUCAACCGGAAACGGUGGCAUCCAGUUCAUUUGUCAAUCUCAAUUUUGAAAUGGAGGGAGACUGUGAAGUAAUUAUGGAAAGCAAACAAAAUCCAGUCUCUGUCCCACCAUAGAAUAACUAUCAGACUUCAAACUCUAGGGUUUUUAUAAUACCAGGAACUUUCACAUUCUUUAUUCAGUGGGACUUAAUACAAUUAUUUAUAUUUUAAAUUAUUAUCUGGAAAGGGAAAAAUGUUUCUUCAUUCUGAGGCUCUAUCUAGCAAAAGCCAGAUCUGAAAUUUGAUCAUUUGUACUAUGCUUUUUCUGUGUGUCACAUUAGGGCUUUGGCUUUAAAAUGUUCUUUAAAGAAAUUAAGGACAUUCUAGAGCCAUAAUUGCCAAUUAAGUGUUAAAUUAUCAAGCUUGUCUGUUAUUAGUGUUUGUAAGAAAAAAAUACUUAAAUUACUAACUGGAGCUGAUCUUUCUAGUCUCAGACUGAAAUAAGGAUUCCUCCCCCCCUAGAUUUUCUCAUGUUGUCUUACAUUUAUAAAUCUAACCAUUAAUUUCAUACUAAGGAUGGUUCACUGAGUGUGUAAUAAAAGGAGUAAGACAAAAGCACUUUGAUUUUUCUUUCCUUGAGAAUAUUUUAUGAAAAGGUGAGUGAGUUUGUAACACCAGUUCUAAGAUGGGUUUCCAUUUUUUAAUGCAGGUUACUUAAUCUUACAUUCUUUUUCAGCAGUUAUUCAAAUUAAAUAACUAGCUUUGAACAUUACGUUAAAAACACUAGUUACGGGAUGUAUUUAUUAAUGUAUCUGUAUUCAAGUGGUAACAUCCAGUGAUUAUCCACAUGGUAUCCUGGUUUUGUGACUCAGUGGACUCUGAGUGUUUCCUGUGGGCCAAGUAGUUGGAAGGAGGAUGGUAGGGUGAGGGACAGAUGAAGACUUGACCCUUCAGGGGCUACUGUUAAUAUUGUACCAAGUGCCACAGUAGCAUAGUGAAGUCACCAAUCAUUCUCUUCUUUGAAGUUUACAACAGUAGACUGGAUAGUUUGCUUAACCCAGGUUUGGUCAGUUCUCUAGAUAGAGCCCACUGUGGUACUGGCAACACUUACUGAAGUAUAAUAUGAAACUAAUUUUGAAAAUAUUCCUAAAUAUCCACUCAUAAUCUUAUGAGAGAUCUGUAUGAUUUUGAUUUAUAACUAAAUGUGGGUAAGGAAGAAUGUGUGGAGUAUUUCAGAAAUGCUGCUCUAAAAAGCCUAUUCACAGACUUAAGAUCUUUCAGAGAGUAAUGGUGGUUCUAAGCAGCAUUAAGCUGUCAGUCUUAAAUAUUUUUAUAUAAAAUGUAGCUUCAAAGAAACUCCUCUAACAAAGGUACAGUGGACCUAUUACAGAAAUUUGUUAUCAGUGAACAUGAACAUCUGGCCACUAAGUUCUUCAACUGAAAUCUGAAAGAUUUAGGAAAGAUAAUUUUUCACUUGGAAUUUUCAGUUAUAUGGAUCUGUGGUAUGGUAGUUCAUGCACGGUAUGUGAUGGUAAUUUUUUGGUUAUGGCUGUAAACUCUUUAACUUAGUAAAGAAUUAAGCUUCAGAUCAUGUAAUUAAUGUCACCAUAAAUUAUAGUUUACCAUAAGCUCUAAAACAUGCUAACCUGACCUCUUCCCUCUAAUUUGUUUUUAACUUCGAGAUAGGACCUCCAACUCAAGUAUUUAUUGGGUUAUCCAGUGAAGGCAUGCAUAUCUAAUAAUGAUCUUUUCUCCUUAGAGGCACUAGAUCUGAAAGUUUACCUAGAAACCUUUCUGAUUGUAGAAGGAAGAUUAUGAAAGUUUUGUUUCUUAAAUUUCACUUUUCUCUUAAUUGUCCAACAGUGGCCAGUUUGUAAUGUUUAUAUAGUUAUUCACUGUGCCUUAUUAAAUCUUUAUACUUUAUGCAAACUAUAAAAUUUCCCAGAAAUCGAUUAAA